UUUGACAUUUGUAAACAAAGCAGCGUGGUGUGGUACCCACUUUGGUAGACCGCUCGAGUUACUAUCGGUUGUCCCAAUUUAAGGAUCUGUUGAUUCUAAAGAAAUACAAGAAGUUGUUUCUUAAGACUCAAAUAAUGGAGCUUCUGUCUAAUGAGGGCUUACGACAAGAUGGCCGCACAACAACAUGCCUGCGCGCCAUGAAAUGUAAGCUGGGUCUCUAUGACCGACCUAAUGGCAGUGCCUUCAUGCAGAUGGGCAACACUCAAGUUUUGGCAUCAGUCUAUGGCCCAAAGGAGGCGCGUUCAGUGAAGUCCACCACGGGUCUGGGCGAGUGUGUGGUCACGUGCGCAGUAUCGCGCGUUGCUGCGUGCUCAGCUGAGCGCCUCAGGAAACCCAGAGACCAGAGGACGCGUGCCACGAGUAACCUGGUCGCCGGCGCACUCCAGGCCGCCGUCAGGGGUUCUAAAUACGCUGGUUCUCAGAUCGACGUUUUUGUUCAAGUGAUACAGGCAGAUGGUGGCGUGACUGCGUGCUGCAUCAACGCUGCGUGCCUGGCGCUGCUGCAUGCAGGCAUCGAAGUUAAUGAUUACGUGACUGCGUGUACGGCUUCUGCCGUCCCUACAGCUGCACACACGUCCACGCAGACGUGUGCCCUGGUGGACGCUUGCCAGUCGGAGAGCUCUGGAGGGUGCGAGGUGACAGUAGCGAUGUUGCCCAACAAGCAGCGCAUCGUGGCACUGCACACGUGUCACCCGCUGCACCAGAGCCAGUUUGAUGCCGUGCUCGAUAUGGCACUGUUUGGGUGCCAGCAACUGUACCAGGGCAUGCAUGCUGAGGUGCAAAACUUCCUCAAGCAGCACCACGCCAUCAUGAGCCAUAGAUGAUCAAAGCUGU